AUGAAUGCUUUCAUACAUACAUCUGUCACUCUUCUUUUCAGUUUACAAGUCUUAGUGAGUUCGCUGGAAGUCAGAAGUAUUCUCUACAAUGUCUAUAACCAAAGUCAAGCUCUAAUGUUGCCAAUGGGCCAACAGUUUUCCGGCGUGAAACUUGCGACGUGCGCCCUCAAGUGUUUGGUCAUAAACGACACAUGUUUUAGUUUCGCUUACAACGACAGGACUGAAAUCUGUUCAUUGGGCACCUGGCUAAUCCCAUUCAACAACACAGAGACGUUAGGAAACAUGAUGAUCUACUCCAUUGGAUUUAUGUGCAACAGUUCAACAGGUGUGAAUAAUCUCACGAUGAUAAGCACCUGUCCUGGUUCCAACUGCCCAGACAACAGUGUAACUAUUGGAAAAAAUUCAACUUUUGACCCUUUCGAGCCUAUGGUUUACACAUCUUGUCUUGACGUCAUCAGCGAUGAACCACGAAAGGUCGUGACCCUUACAUCCGGGCUAGUCGUCAUGUGUGACACAUUGACAGACGGUGGAGGAUGGACCAUCUUCCAAAGACGUGUGUCUGGGACCGUAGAUUUCUACCGCGGCUGGGAGGAAUACAAACAUGGGUUUGGGGAUUACGGCAUUGGGGAAUUUUACCUGGGCAAUGAAAACAUUUUCUGCCUGACUUCUAAAUCCGCCCACGAACUCCGGGUUCAUCUAGUCAACAACACUAACUUCUAUGCCAAAUACUCCAGCUUUAAACUGUCCAACGAGUCUUUAGGCUACAAGCUUUCUAUUUUGAAUUACACUGGCAACGCUGGAGAUUCUUUGUCAUUUCACAACAAUCAUAUGUUUUCUACAUUUGAUAGAGAUAACGACGAUAGAAGCUUUAGCUGCUCUGAAAGGUACUUUGGAGCAUGGUGGUAUGCUGCGUGUCAUCGCUCAAACCUGAAUGGUCAAUGGGGAAACAUCAACUUCGGUCAAGGGUUGACUUGGUCCACCGUAACAGGCUUUUAUAGUGGUGUGCAAGCCUCCGAGAUGAAAAUAAGACCAAUUAAUUCCUGA